AGCCUGCCCAGGGGCGCCAGGUGCUUCGGGGUGCGGACCUCGCCGUCCGGGGAGAAGGUCACGCAUACCGGCCAGGUUUAUGAGGAUGAAGACUAUAGGAAAGUUCGAUUUGUAGGUCGCCAGAAAGAGGUGAAUGAGAACUUUGCCAUCGAUCUGAUAGCAGAGCAGCCUGUGAGCGAAGUCGGAAGUCGAGUCAUAUCGUGUGACGGCGGCGGGGGCGCCCUGGGCCAUCCGCGAGUUUACAUAAACCUGGACAAAGAAACAAAGACAGGGACGUGCGGCUACUGUGGCCUGCAGUUCAGACAGCACCACCACUAGGGCGGCGCGGCGCGGCGGGCCGGCCAAGGGGGCGCUCUCCUGGACGGCCGCGCACGGCUCAGCUCUCCCCGAAGGCUCGGAAGUCGCACAUUCACCUAGGAGGGGGGCUCGGAGCAGGUCCCCUCUGCGGUCCUGUCCCCUCUGGGGUCCCACCGGGUGCUUCUGGGCUGCGGGGAGGGUGCCAUGGCCACGCGAGGCUGGAGCUCCUGGCCCGUCUCCGACCUGCGGUCACACUUUCCUUCCGUCUGAUGGAUGGUCCAGCGUCUUCAGUCCCAGGAAGUUCAGUAUCCAUUUGAAGGUGGUGGUGGGUCACACGUGGGCCGGGUUAAGUACAGUCUGAAUAUUUUAAAGAGUAAUAAUUAUGAUGUAUUGUAAAACAAAAAUAAAAGUAAGACUGAAGAAAGA